AUGAAAGAAGGAUCGGCUCGUAGAUUAGCGGAGCGCAGGGGGAGUGGUGGUAUGGCGGGUGGCGCGGAGAGCAGCAGAGGCGCUGUCAGCGCCGCUGCUAACGGGCUUAUCGAUGGGCAUGCGAAGGCUUCGGAGACUAGCAAACGCGCCGACGAGUUGGCAAGCGACGGCAGCAACAGCAACGGCGACGGUAGCGGUCGUAACACCGACAUCGAUACCGCAAGCACCAGCAGCGGCGACAGCGGUAUCAAGGGCAAGGCGCGGGAUCAAGGCGGAAGGCAGUCGGGCGCAGGCCCCGCCUUCCGCCCAAACCAGCAACUCCCCAUGCCCACACUCAACCGCGCCCGCUUCGGCCUUCCCGCCAUCUGCCUCGACCUCGCCGUGCUCCCCAGUGGCUCCGCCGGCAGCCCGAGCAGCGGCAGCAAGGCGGCGCAUGCGCGCGCGGGCGCGGACGGGCGGUUUGCGCGGAGCGCGAGCAGCGGAAGCAACACGGAGGAGGAGACGGGGGAGAUCGUGGGGACGGAGGAGGAGCCGAUGGACGUGCGCGCGCGCAAGCAGAAGUUUCUCUUCUUCGAGAAGGAGUGCUCGCAGAUCAUGGCGCACGUGUUCGUCGGUAGCGACGCCGUCGCGCGCGAUAGAGAGAUCCUGCGCAAGUCGGGCAUCACGCACGUGCUCAACUGCGUGGGCUUCGUGUGCCCCGAGUACUUCCCCGGCGACAUCACGUACAAGACGCUCUGGUUGCAGGACAACACGUCGGAGGACAUAUCGUGCGUGCUGUACGACGUGUUCGACUUCAUCGAGGUGGUGCGCCAGGAGGCGGGCCGCGUCUUCGUGCACUGCUGCCAGGGCGUCUCGCGCUCCACCUCGCUCGUCAUCGCGUACCUCAUGUGGACCGAGAAGCGCGGGUUCGAGGACGCGUUCCGGUUCGUGAAGGCGAUUCGCGGAGUGGCGAGUCCCAACAUGGGCUUCGCGUGCCAGCUGCUGCAGUGGCAGGAGCGCGUUCUGCCGCUCUCCGCGCUCCCCCCCGCGCACCAGGCGCUUCUAGACGACGCUGACGACCCCUCGGGGGGCAGCAGGCAGGACGUUGACAGUCAGACAGCGAAGGAGGAGCAAGAGAGGGAGAGGGAGAGGGAACGGGAGAGGGUGCGGGAGCGGGAGAGCGUGGUGCGCGUGUAUCGCAUGGCACCACACUCGCCAUACGAUGGUGUGCAUCUGGUGCCCAAGGCCAUGAUGGAAGUGGGGCCCCGCUGCCUCGACCCACGCGGAGCCUUCGUCGUCCAGGUGGGUCGCACUGUGUACACGUGGAAGGGCAGCCAGUGCCACCCGCUCAUGGCGGAGCAGGCGGAACGGGCAGCGCGCCAGCUCGUCACAUACGAGGGCCUCUCCCCCCACUCCCCCUCCCCCGUGCUGCAAGGCGCGGAGCCCGCGCCCCUCCUCUCCGCGCUACACUCCCACGCCUCCCGCGCUGGCAGGCGGGCGGGCGCGGGCGGCAGCGGGGGCGGCAGCAGCAGCAGUGAGUGGGCGGCGGUGAUAGAGAGAGAGGGGCUCACGUAUAUGGGGCAGGACGCGCAUAUGCUUGCGGGCGCGGGGAGCAAGUCUCUUGCUGUCAAACCCACGAUUCCCAAGCUGGCCUCGAUCCCUGGGAUGGCGGAGCAGCAGAGCGAGUACGACUAUGACUACGAGUGCUUCCUCAGGGCGCUCGAGGGCGGCACGCCCAAGCCCAUCGCGGGCCUCGCAUCCCCCAACGCCAAGGUGCUUCCGCACCACGGCAGGGGGUGGCUGGGCGCCACGCUCGAUGACUGCUGGGGCGCACUCGCUGCAGGGGCGGGGGCAGGGGGAGGGGUUGGGGAGGGUGAGAGUGGGGGUGGCGGAGACGGCAGUGAGGGUUCCGCCAUUCGUCUGCACAGCCGGUCGUUCUCCGUUGGGCACGCCACCCUCCCCUCACUGUUCCCUGUUCCGCCUGCCUCCGCCUCCGCCUCCGCCGCCUCUGCCUCAUCCAAGCCUGCUAAACCAGGCGCGCUGUCCCUGGGCGCAGACUCAGGGGGGGGAGGAGGCGGAUCUGCCUCGAACAAGCUCCUCUUCGCGCCUGUGCUGCGCAAGCCUCUGCCGUCGCUGCCGUCGCCGUCGUCCUUCUCCCCGCGCUCCCUGGGCUUCUUCCCGCCCUUGGGCGUGGGCGCGUACGGGGCAGCGCUGCAGAAGUAUAGCCCGGAGAAGAAGGGCGAGGGGGGUGGUGCCGGUGCUGCUGCAGGGGCAGCAGGGGCAGCAGGCACGUCCGCGGGCAGUGGAGGCAGCAGCAGCAGUAGUGGUGGCAGCAGCGGGAGCAGCAGCAGCGGCAGCAGCAGCAGCAGCAGCAGCAGCAGCAGCAGCAGCGGUAGUGGUCAAGCGUCAUCUAGGCUGGGGGGCGCAGGGAAGGCCCCGCGAGGCAGCAGGCUGCAAAUGUCCACAGGGGGGCUCGCAGGCUUGCAGGGCACGGGCGGGACGAGUGGCGCAGGCGAUGGGGACGGGUUGGCGGGCGGGCAGGUGGGCGCGGAAGAGAGAGGGGGGGGGGAAGCGGAGGUGCACGCGCUGGGCGGAUCCGCGCUGAAUGACAUGGAUACGGCCGCAGUGCAGGGGGCGGGGAUGGGGGCGGAGGAAGAGGAGGCGAGUUCAGGGAGCGGGGGUGGUGUUGGGAGGGUGUCGAAGGGGGGAGGGGAAGCGGGCAGCUGGAUGCUGUCUCCACGUGGGCCUAGGAACACGCCCAGCAAGCCGUGGGAGGCAGAGGAGGCAGGGCAGGGAGCAGCAGUGCAGGAGGAGCGGAGAGAGAGGGAGGCACGGACACGAGGAAACCGAGGAGAGGGGUCAGGGACUCGGGAGCGAUCCGGUGCUGCUUCUGCUCGCCCGCUCCCUCCUAAGCCUUCUCUGCCGUCUGGCACGGCCUCAGCAGGCAAUGCAGUUCCCUCCACUGCCUCCUCCUCUGGCGCUUCCCGUGCCACCCUCCCCUCCAAAGGCCGCUCCGCAUCCCCUCUGCGCCCCCCCCGCCCCCAGCAAACCACUGGUGCUGCUGCUGCCCCCAGAGGAGGGGGAAGAGGGGUCGGUGUGGGUGGGAUGGCUGAUGGGUUCAUGGAUGGCGGAGGGGGAGGGGAGGAAGAGGAUGAUGAGGAGGGGAGUGGGGAUGGGGGUGGGAGGGAUAUGUAUGGAGCGCUGCUGACGCCUAGAAGGAAACCUCCGGUGUCGGCCUUUGGAAGGGAGAGGGGGGCGCGGAAAGGGAGAGAGGGAGGGGAGGGAAGUGGGAGGAGAGGGCGAGGGGGGUCAGAUGAGGACAAGUGGGGAGGUGAUGGGGGGGAGAAGGGGGUUGGGGGCGGGAGCUUUGGUGGGGAGGAUGGUGGAUUUGGUGUUCCUGGGAUGGAAGAUGACGGGGAGAGUGGGGGGGUGGGGAGUGAUGAUGAGAGUGGUGGCGGAAUGGCGUUCAAUCUGCCAACGCCUAGGAGGGGUGGGCCGCAGAUAAAAAAGAUUUUUUGA